AUGCUGGGGGAACUAUUAUUUCUCUUGAGGAGUCUUCAUGGGCUACUCACCUCCUCAGGCACCAUGGGAGCAGUGGUGGCUUGGCUGAUAAGCUAUAAGCCAGCUUUGUUUGGAUUCCUGCUCUUUCUCCUGUUGCUUAGCAACUGGCUGGUCAAGCGUGAACACAAGUCUACCCACUUAGAGGAGAAGGCGGAGAAACCAAAGGCUUCUGACAGCAACUAUGAGGCCGACAAGGCCACGAAGAAUGGAAAGAAAGAAGUAGAAAGGAUGAACGCUUGCUUCGCCCUCCAGGACAAGGUCUAUGAGCGGCUGUUGGUCGGUGAAAUGAAGCUGAAGGUCUUAGAAAAUCAGAUGUUCAUCAUAUGGAAUAAAAUGAAUCGCCACCGGCGGUCAUGCAGACAUCGACAUUUUUCCACAAGGAGACACAGGCUGAGGAGGCACGAGUUGACUUGCUCCACCCUCUCGGAUUGUACUUCCAGUUACCCCACCUGCUGA